AUGAUCGCGCGACUCUCCGUGCCCUCGCUCGAGUACACCUUUGCCAACGCGGCCUUCUGCCUGCGCUUCGGCGAGCUCAAGCGCCGCGACGCCGCCGCGAGCAACAAAGUCAUCGGCCGCACCCUCUCCCAGGUGCGCGGUCAGGACGCCGCGUCGACGCUGCGGCCGCACAUCGAGACCUGUCUGCAGGGCCGUCAGUUGUCCUUCCAAACGCGCGUACCGGCGCCACCACCCCUGCCGCCCUACAUGUUCAACGCCGACACCGACCAGGAGGAGGAGAUGCAAGCCACCCUCAUCCCCGACGUCGAGGCCUCCACCGGUCGUGUGCGGGGGCUGUUCGAGGUGAUCCAGACCAGCUCCAAGAGCGAGCGCAGGCUGACGGCCGAGGAGCUCGAGUACCAGGCCCACAUCACGCAGACCAUCACGCAGAACGCCGCCUCGUGCCUCUUCAUGAUGGACCACAAAGGCUUCCCGACGUUCAUGAAUUUGGCGGCGGAGCGGGUGACGGGGUACACCCUUGAUGAGAUCAAGGACAAGCCCCUCCACUACGCCAUCCACUGGAAGCGGCCCGACAACACCUUCUACCCCGGGUUGACCGGGUGGUGGGAUUGGGGGCGGCAGAUGGAGGAGUGCCCGAUCGACAACUCGACGGCGGAGCUGGUGGCCGCGCAGGAGGUGGAGGAGGUGUUCGUGCGGAAGGACGGGACCAUCUUUCCGGUCAUCUGCGCCGUGGCGCCCCUCUCCAAGAGCGGACGCACUGUGGGCGCCGUCAUCGAAUUCCGCGACGUCACCGAAGAGCGCCGCCGCGAAAACGAACGCCUCUCGGCCCUUCGCGACGCCGAGGAGCACCAACGGAGGCGAGCGGCGGAGGCGGAGGCGUUCCGGGUCAAGCAGGAGCGGUUCAUCGACACCAUAUGCCAUGAGAUCCGCAACCCCAUCAACGGGAUCUACGGAAACGUGACGCUGCUGCAGGACGAGCUGGCGUCGGUUCACGCGCAGCUCGAGGGGGUGGAGUGGCCCGCGAAGCCGCAGAUGUGCGAGAGCCUCCGGCAGAUGGAGAUCUGCGUCAACGCCAUCAGCACCUGCGCCAAACACCAGAAAGUCAUCACCGAUGAUGUGUUGCAUUUGUCCAAGUUGGAGGCGAAUAAGAUCGAGCUGAAUCGGGUGAUCUAUAAUCCGAUGGAGGUGAUCAAAUCGGCGGCGUCCAUGUUCAUGUCGCAGAUCCAGGAGAAGAAGCUUACCCUCCAAAAGCCGGUGUUGGUGGUGCGGGGCGAUCCGGAUCGGUUCAUGCAGGUGGUGGUCAACCUGCUGAGCAACGGGAUCAAGUUCACCCACCGCGGCGGCAUCACCGUGUCCGCCUACUACCUCCACCGCGAGAACCGCGACACCACCGAACUGCGGAUCGAGGUGGCGGACACGGGGAUUGGGAUGAGCCACGAGGAGCAGUCGCGCAUCUUCGACCGGUUCUCGCAGGCGUCGCACAAGACCUACCGGGAGUACGGGGGGUCGGGGCUGGGCCUGUCGAUCGCCAAGGGCCUCGUGGCCCUCAUGGGCGGCGUCCUGGACGUGCGCAGCCGCAAGGGCGCCGGCUCCACCUUCCACUUCACCAUGGAGUGCGGCUACGUCACCCCCUCCCAACUCGAAGAGCACAACCGAGCCAAGGAGAAGCUCAAGGAGAACCAGGCGCGCCAAUCGCAGGAGCUCACGCUCAGCGCCAACAGCAAGCCGAUGACGCCGAAGCGGAUCCUGGUGGCGGAGGACAAUUCGAUCAACAAGCGGGUCAUCCUGCGGUUCCUCGAGCGGCGGGGCCACUACUGCGAGGCCGCCGACAACGGCGAGGAGGCCCUCAGCAUCUACCUCGACGCCGUCGCCAAGGGCCGCCGAUUCGAUCUCAUCUUCAUGGACAUCGAAAUGCCUGUGAUGGACGGUCUGGCGGCGACGCAGGUGAUUCGGGAGCGGGAGCGGAUGCUGAACCUGCCGUCGACUCCCGUCAUCGGCCUCUCCGGCAACUCGCGCCAACAGCAGAUCAGCCGCGCCCUCAAAGGCGGCAUGUCCGACUACAUAACGAAGCCGUACGAGCAGCACACGAUCUACAGCAAGCUCGCGCAGUGGACGACGGACACGCCGCUGGGGUCUCCACAUGCGGAGGCCCGCGCGGCGAGCCCCGGGCGGCCCGACGACGACGACGAAGAGGCGCGCGGCGCCGGUACGGCAACGGCCACGACGACAACGACGACACAACAAGAAAACGAGGAAGGAAAAGAGAAGGAAAAGGAAGAGGUGAAGGGCAAGGACGGCAAAAAGGAUGAAGAAGACGGUGAAGAAGGAGAGAAGGAGGGAGACGAUGGACGACGAAAACGACGACAGGGACGACGAAGGAAGUCUGUGGUGGACAACGAUGGCGAUGACGACAACGACGACGACGAGGAGGAGCGCGAGCCGCCACCACCGUCGUCGCCACCGACGUCGGAGGAGGACAGCAUCGCCGAGGUGGGCGAGGAGGAACACAGGGGCGUAGGCCGGCGAUGA